AUGGAAGUUGCAAUGGCCGACACGGCAGACACUGAAAUGGUCGAGCGCCCAAGCCCUGAUGUAGGCGUCAGCUCACGGUCAAGAUCAACUUCGCCAAUUUUUGUCCCAGAAGAAGAGAAAAAGGGUAACACGAAGAUGGACUCUGCUUUUCCAGAGCCAGAUCCGCCGGCUGGCCAUAAACCAGUUGAUUUGAUUGGGAACCUCACAUCCGACCCAAAAAUUGACAUCGAGCAGCUUCCGGCGAAGAUGGCAGGUGUGCUGGACGAGCUCAAUCGGCUUGCCGAUAUCAUGGGCGCUUCCGAGCUUGACAGGGGCCCGAAGACGGAGCUUCAUCGGCUAAGACAGAUGGUCCGGAAAUUGGGCAGCUUUAGUUACCCCGAAACGCGAACAGUCGGCCUCAUCGGUAACACCGGCGUGGGGAAAAGCACAGUGGUGAAUUCGAUUCUUGCUGCAGGGAAUCUCGCACGAUCGAACGACGGAGCUACAGCUUGUACCUGCGUCAUCGUUGAAUAUCGCGCUCUGGAUGAACAACACAGUCAGAAUUACACAAUCGAGGUGGAAUAUAUGAGCGCGGAUGAGAUGCAAGAACUUCUUCGAGAACAUCUUGAGAGUGUCCGACAGUACCAUUUUCGGCUCCAAAGGCCGAUGAAGGUCGAGAGAGAAAAGCCCGAUGACGACAACGUCCCGGAGAUAAUAGAGUUCGGUCACGAUGACAACGAGGACAAAAUUCAUGAAAGGGCAGACGACGAAGAUGAACUGACGCCUGAGGAGAUGGUUUACUUAAAGAAGGCGAAUCAUUCGGCUCGCCAAACUUUCGACAGCUUGUUCAAAGGUGGCCAAAAGCCGACAGAUGAGUUCCUACUACAGGAAGAUCAGCCCGACACUAGUGAUGGGCUUAAUACGCAAAGCAAGAUCAUUGCAGAACUAUUGAAGAAAGCCAAGCGAGGUCUUAUCCAUCGUCCGGGCGGCCCCGAUGCUGUACGGUACAAGGAAGCCGCCGAGAACUUUGAAACGCAGAAAGCCUCCGAGAACUACAUUCGGUCUCAAUGUCAUGUCCUUGCCUAUGUGACCAGAAUGACUCGGUGCCAGGCCGAUGAAACCGUCGAAGAAAUGCAGUGGAGAGUAAUCACCAAUAUGCAGCCAAUUCUCAUUGUGACUCGGUCAGAGGCGCGUAUCCGCUUAUCUUACGUUGAUGCUCCGGGUCUGACAAUAUUCAUUUCACAGGAAAUUUCCGGGGCUGGAGGGGACAGAGGGGACGCCAGCCAGAACUUGGUUACCCAGGCCUGGGACGAGAAGCUGAAACAAAUUAAAGAGAGGCGCAAGACUCUCGGUUCCCUUGCCAACAAAGCCAAGGGGGCGGAGAAAGAUGCGUUCUAUGCGGAACUCGGUCAGUUAGGUAAGGAGGAGGACGAUUUGGUCUAUCAGAAAGAGAGUUACCUAAUAUCUCAGCGCAAUCAACGCACGGAGGUGGAGAUGUCUAUUAUGCCUUCGCGCAGGGGCAUGAAAGUCUUCUGCGUUAGCAACAAGCUCUACGCAGAUAAUUGCGCAGCGGAUGAUAAGAGGAGCCGAGCUUAUAUCAAGCUCAGUGGAAUCCCAGAGCUUCAGGAACAUUGUCGAUCAAUUCUUUCAGAUGCCCAGAAAAAACAAGCUGCUCAAUUCUUGAGAAUCGACAUUCCCGCAGCUGUUGCCUCCACAAAACUAUGGGUUGUUGGUGCGAACGAUACCACCUCCAAGAAAAAAGCUGCCGUGAUCAAAGAUGAGCUCACGUUGAUGCAAAGGAAGCUGAAGCAGAGUUUCCAAGAUACACAUCGUGGACUUGUGCAAAGCAGUCGAAUGGAACUAGAACAAAUGUUCCAACGUCGUAUUCUCACUGUGAUCGACACUGAGAGCGAGGCAUGGCAAGAGCAUUGCGAGCUAUCUUGUUCAUACUGGGUUCGAAAUGUAGUACACCUCUCCCCCUGGAAUGACGAUCGAAAAGGCAAUUUCGCUGACUCUUACCGUUAUAAGUGGUCACACGGUUCGUUUACUGCGGCUUGUCGGAAAAAGGGGAAGCAUAAAUCAGCGGCUUAUGGGGAGCAUGAUUGGAACGCCGAGCUUUUCGAGCCCGGAAAUGAGCCAUUGACCACUGCCUGGGACGCGUUUCACAAGGCGUUUCAUCAGGAAAUGGAAAGAGUGUUGAAAGAGGUUAACGAUCUUAUGCUCGCCAGUUCCAAGUCGCUCCGGGGAUCGAGGACUUUUCCAGGCCAGGUUCGCGAAGCCAUUUUGAAGAACGUUGACCUCACGAGAGACAAAGUCUGGGCGUGCUUCAACAAAGCUUUAAAUGCGGUGAAAGACGCGUACAAGAACAUCCAGAGUGACAUGAUGGAUGUCAGUGCUGACAGACCGACGUGUUUCAUUGCCGAGUUUAUGCUUCCCGCAUAUCAGUAUGCGAACGGACAAGGAGAAAGUGGUAGCGACAAGCGACGUAAGAAGGCCAUAGAUGACCAAGUUACCAGCGGAGGUCCUGGGCAGGACGGUCUUGUGAGAAGUUAUCAUGCUAUGGCGAGUCAAGCAUUCACCCAGAUGCUUGACCAUGUCUAUGAAAUCUUGGGUGAGAGAGUCAACGAGGCAAUUGACCCUACUCUCCAGGUCCUACAAACAGUCAUCGAUGCGCAAGGGAAGCCUCCAGAAGCCUCCGCCGACAUGAUGACAGCAGUGAAAGUUAGCGAGCAGUUGAAAUCCAUCACAGAAUCGCUGCACUCUGCUACAACCGUGCUGCUGCAACUCGAGCAACAGUGA